CCUACACACACCGCUGUUGCUUUUGGUGUGCUUAGCUGUCAUUUGCAUUCAGGAGACAGAAGGCAACGAGGAAGAGGUAGGAGCCGCUGGAUUAGCUUCAUAUUCAAUCUUCAAACGACUGGAUAUUGAAAGUCAGGAAAGAAAGACCGCUGACAAGUGGAAAGCAAAGGCCCUAUGGAGAAAUAGGAUUCCUGUGGAUCAUUUGACUGCAGUUUGGUUGAAGUGAAAGGAGUCUCCUGCUCUGUGGUUGUUUUGGAGAGACAGGCGAGUUGUGUGUGCUAAAGGACUGCAAUGCACCGCUUAAGGACUUGUGCUGCACGGCUGCGGCCGCUGACGGCCUCUCAGACUUCUCAGAACUUUUCACAGCAGAGGCCUGUGGCCGUACCAAAGACGUUUCAGCCAGUCAGGUGCUACACGGCACCUGUGGCUGCCGAGCCUUUCCUCAAUGGAACGAGUUCCAAUUACGUGGAGGAGAUGUACUAUUCAUGGCUAGAGGACCCCAAGAGUGUGCAUAAGUCUUGGGACGUUUUCUUCCGCAAUGCCAAUGCAGGUGCUCCCCCAGGCAAGGCACACCAGAGCCUUCUGAGCCUGGCCCGGCUGCCCCAAGCCCAAUCCCUGAUGGGGGCUCAGCCCAAUGUGGAGAAGCUGGUGGAAGAUCACCUGGCCGUCCAAUCCCUCAUCCGUGCCUACCAGAUCCGUGGGCACCAUGUUGCUCAGCUGGACCCUCUGGGAAUUAUGGAUGCCGAUCUGGACUCUCAUGUCCCCAAUGACAUUAUAACGUCCUCGGAUAAACUCGACCUGGCAAUGUUCAAGGACCGUCUCAGUAUUCUAACUGUCGGAGAAUCUGAUUGCGUAUCACAUUUUAGAGCUGACAAACAUUGGGAGAGUGGCUUCUAUGGACUGGAUGAGUCAGACUUGGACAAAGUGUUCCGCCUGCCUACCACCACCUUCAUCGGGGGCACUGAGACAGACUUGCCCCUGAGGGAGAUCAUCCGCCGCCUGGAGAUGGCCUACUGCCAGCACAUUGGGGUGGAGUUCAUGUUCAUCAAUGACCUGGACCAGUGCCAGUGGAUCCGGGAGAAAUUUGAGAAGCCCGGCGUCAUGCAGUUCACCCUGGAGGAGAAGAGGACCCUGCUGGCCCGCAUGGUUCGCUCCACCAGGUUCGAGGAGUUUCUCCAGAGGAAGUGGUCGUCAGAGAAGCGCUUCGGCCUGGAGGGCUGCGAGUCUCUGAUCCCCGCCCUCAAGACCAUCAUCGACAAGUCCAGCGAGAAGGGUGUGGAGAACAUUGUUAUGGGCAUGCCACACAGGGGUCGUCUGAAUGUGCUGGCCAAUGUCAUCCGCAAGGAGCUGGAGCAGAUCUUCUGCCAGUUUGACUCCAAGCUGGAGGCUGCUGAUGAGGGCUCUGGAGACGUGAAGUACCACCUGGGUAUGUACCACAGGAGGAUCAACCGCGUGACUGACCGCAACAUCACCCUGUCCCUCAUGGCUAACCCCUCCCACCUAGAGGCCGUGGACCCUGUGGUGCAGGGCAAGACCAAGGCCGAGCAGUUCUACUGUGGAGACACCGAGGGACACAAGGUGAUGUCUAUCCUGAUGCACGGUGACGCUGCCUUCGCCGGCCAGGGCGUCGUGUACGAGACCUUCCAUCUCAGCGACCUGCCCUCCUACUCCACCCACGGCACGGUGCAUGUGGUCGUCAACAACCAGAUUGGCUUCACCACUGACCCUCGUAUGGCACGGUCCUCUCCGUACCCCACUGACGUGGCCAGGGUGGUCAAUGCUCCCAUCUUCCACGUCAACGCUGACGACCCUGAGGCCGUGGUGUACGUGUGCAACGUGGCGGCCGAGUGGAGAGCCACCUUCCACAAGGACGUGGUGGUGGACCUGGUGUGCUACCGGCGAUUGGGCCACAAUGAGAUGGAUGAGCCCAUGUUUACCCAGCCCCUGAUGUACAAGCAGAUCAAGAAGCAGAAGGGAGUGAUGCAGAAGUAUGGCGAGAAACUAAUCGCAGAGGGCGCCGUCACGAGACAGGAAUACGAGGAGGAGAUAGCCAAGUAUGAUAAGAUCUGUGAGGAGGCACAUGUUCGCUCCAAGGAUGAGAAGAUCCUCCACAUCAAGCACUGGCUGGACUCUCCCUGGCCUGGUUUUUUCAACCUGGAUGGCCAGCCCAAGAGCUUGACCUGCCCGACAACCGGCCUGACUGAUGAGGAGCUGAUCCACAUCGGACAAGUGGCCUCCUCAGUGCCAGUCGAAGACUUCACCAUCCAUGGUGGUCUGAGCCGUAUCCUGAAGGCCCGAGGGGAGAUGAUCAAAAACCGCACAGUGGACUGGGCCCUGGGGGAGUAUAUGGCCUUUGGCUCGCUGCUCAAAGAGGGCAUCCACGUUCGCCUCAGCGGCCAGGAUGUGGAGAGAGGCACCUUCAGUCAUCGUCACCAUGUGCUGCACGACCAGAAUGUGGACAAGAGGGUCUGCAUCCCCAUGAACCAUGUGGACCCCAACCAGGCCCCCUACACCGUCUGCAACAGCUCCCUGUCGGAAUACGGUGUGCUGGGUUUCGAGCUGGGCUUUGCCAUGGCCAGUCCCAAUGCCCUGGUGCUGUGGGAGGCUCAGUUCGGAGACUUCCACAACACAGCCCAGUGCAUCAUCGACCAGUUCAUCUGCCCCGGCCAGGCCAAGUGGGUCCGCCAGAACGGCAUCGUCCUGCUGCUGCCCCAUGGCAUGGAGGGCAUGGGCCCAGAACACUCCUCUGCUCGUCCAGAGAGGUUCCUCCAGAUGUGCAACGAUGAUCCUGACGUGCUCCCGAGCAUCACAGAUGACUUUGCCAUUCGCCAGCUCUAUGACUGCAACUGGAUUGUGGUCAACUGCUCCAACCCUGGCAACUUCUUCCACGUGCUGAGGCGGCAGAUUCUGGCGCCCUUCAGGAAGCCUCUCAUCGUUUUCACCCCCAAAUCCCUGCUGCGCCACCCCGAGGCAAGGUCCAGCUUUGACGAGAUGUUGCCAGGCACAGAAUUCCAGCGCCUGAUCCCAGACAGUGGCCCGGUGACCCAGAACCCAGCCGGGGUGAAACGCAUAGUCUUCUGCACAGGAAAGGUGUACUACGAGCUAACCAAGGAACGCAAGGCCCACGGCAUGGAAGACAUGGUCGCCAUUGCACGCAUGGAGCAGCUGUCUCCCUUUCCCUUCGACCUAGUGAAGGCUGAGUUCAAGAAGUACCCCAAUGCCGACCUGGUGUGGUGCCAGGAGGAGCACAAGAACCAGGGCUACUAUGACUAUGUCAAGCCCCGCAUGCGCACCACCAUCGAACGCGCCAAGCCAGUCUGGUAUGCUGGUCGCCCACCUGCCGCUGCCCCAGCCACAGGAAACAAGAAGGCCCACCUGGUGGAGCUGAAGAAUUUCCUGGACACUGCCUUCGAUCUGGACGCCUUCAAGGACCAGAUGUAACUCUCUCCCCCGCCUCCUUGGUCCCAGGAUAAGGGGUAGCCUUCACCCUCCACUGCAACCCAGAGGCCCCUCCUCCACCGUCCCAUACGCACACACACAUACGCCCACAUACCACCUGGACUUGUCGCUCAGAGCAAACCUACUCUCCUGGCUGGGUUCUCUCUGCCUAGCCCACAACGGCAACAGUCCUGUUCAUUUCAAACCACUGCUAUCUUUCCCCUACCCUGACCCUCCCUCAUCCACUCCUCUUGGUUCUGUUUGAGUAUGCCCACCUCCAUCAGACACAUGCCCCGAAACCACACACUCAGUAGUAGACAGCCAGUCAGUCAAUGGUCAGGAAAGAGAACCUUUGUACAGUCAGUGAUAAGUGAUUCUUAGCUUCAUUUUAGUUUAUACUACCUGUAUUUCUCUGGUUAACACUCCACCCACCAACAAUAUAACCUUAUUGUGUUGGAUUUUGCUUGUUAAGCCCUGUGUGUGUGACCAAAGCACAUUGUUCAUAAAGUAUUAUGUAUUUUUCCAAGA